AUGGCGGUGUCGGCCGAGGCGUGGCAUGAUGCGGAUGUUGUCGGUCGACUGCGCGACGCGUACGCGGAGGUGGACCGCGACAGCUGCGUCCCGAGCCUGCAGGACCCGUCGCCACACAUCCCGUGCGCCUCUUGCCUGCUUGAGCAGUCGCCGGUGCUGCGCGAGCUCUUCACGGUGACGCUCAACCUAGAGGUGGUGCUGAAGCGUCGCGAGGCGGACGCACUGGUUACCGCUCGGCAGAAGCAUCUGAAGUGGUACGAUGUGAUAUUCCACUCACUCUACGGCGCGUACGACAUCCGCGCGCUGCUGCGGUACUGGGUGAAGGGCAUCGUGGUGUACGAGUUCGGCGAGAUUGUCACUUGCAUCAGCGGUGCCGCCGGUAGUACGCAGACGCCGCCGCAGCAGCAGCAAGGGGUCCUGAAAGCGCUCGAUCAGGCGGUGGAGCUGCGUGAGGGGCUGCGGCGUCUCCCCCGUCUCGUGGCGUUUCUCUUUGCGGGCCGGCUGCAGGUGAAGGAGGCGCAGGGCUUCGAUGAGCUGAUGAAAGAAGUUGUGGUGGGAAGCGUUGACGAUGAAUUUAAGCUGCAUCUGCUGCAGCGGUUGCUGAUGGAGGCGCUGCGGUACCGCCGCCAGUGUACGCGCGGCGUGGUGGCCUUCCUGCGCAACAGCGCAGCAUUAUACAACCAGCAGCCGCAGCAGCAGCAGCAACAACGGCUGAGGAACUCCUGUGUAGAUAUAUGCGAGCUUAUUCAGCUCUUCUCGCCGGACAAACGCCUCGCGGAGGAGCGUCUCGUAUUGACGAUUCUUCAGAGCGUCGUGGACGGCUGUCAGCAGUUUCUGCAGAGAGAAGCCCCACAGUCACUGUUGGGUCCCAUCGCCAGCAGCGACGCACGCUACAUGUUUCUCACCAAGACGUGGCCGCAGUACUGGCACAACGAGCUGGAGAUCAUGCGGGAGCUGCCGUGCAUGGAGGAGGCGUGGGUCAAGGGCAUCCUUGUGAAAUUUGUGUUCCUCAGCGACAUCAACAGCAGCAGCAUCACAGCAGGUGAUCCAACAGAUGGUGUGUUGGACUUGCGUCACUGCUAUCUUCGCCAGCUGCUCGGUGUGACGUUGCGCCCGCUCUUCGACGAUCUUUUUGGUAUUGGCGCCUCCGGCGAAGAGGCCGGCUCUCCCACUACCACAGCCGCAGAAGUAGAUGCGGAUGCGCCGAUCACGUCUACCUGCUCCGCGGCCGCCACGCGGGACUCCUUCGACCUGCUGCUCGACAUCGCCAACAGCAUGGCAUGCGUGGACGUCCCACCGCGACGGACACUGCGGUUUUGGGCACAAAUGGGUGCCGGCGCUGCGCUUCCGGCCAGCAUCGCAAAGGACGUUGGGUACGUUGUGAUGGCGGGUGUCUGUCGCGAGCUGCUUGACGAGCGGCUCACGCAAGCGGUGGAUUUUUUUCUCCUCAGCGGCGCCGACAUGACGGAGGCGCAGCGGUGGCCUCGGCUGCUCCGCUACCUGCUGCGCACCGAGCGUGUGUUCGACCGCCUGUGUGAGGUGUGGCCACUAAAGAUGCGUCUUCUUGACAGUAGUAGUAGUAGUAGCAGCAGCAGCAGCAGCAACGUGGUGGCGUGCUUCUACAGCAUUCUGGAGAAGGCCCUGUUGAGGCACCGCCACCGACAGCGCGACGUUGAUGUGCUCAUUGACAGUCUCGUUGGCGGUGUGCAUGUGUACCUUCUCCAAGGCGGGCGUGAGGGCGCGGAGAUUCGGCGUGGCGGGUCUCCAACAGCGGCGGCGGCAACAGGGACGCUUCCGUUGCGAAGCCGCGAGGAGGUGCGGUCCGCAGUUCGGCUUGCGCGAAGUGUCUCCUCGACGGAUAAGCUGCUGCGCAUGUACAAGGAGCUACUCGCGUACCGCCUGCUGUCGCGCGCAGCGGCAGCGGGAGCACGGCAGCGCGACGGCAACACCGACGCCGCCGAGGCGCUUCGGGAGAAGCUGCAGACGGAGAGGUCCGUCUGCGAGUACAUGCUGGAGGUGCUGCCGCGUGAGCGUGACGCGAUACGGCAGAUGAUUCAGAUGUGCAGCGACGUGGAAGCCACCAACGACGUGCAGGAGGCGUACAACCAGCACCUGCAGCAGCAGCAGCAGCAGAACAGCACGGGUCCCCCGGUGAAACUCACGGUGCGGCUGCUCUCGCGUCUCGUGUGGCCGACGUACCCGACGCUGCCGGACGUGCCGCGUCUGCUGUGGGAGGCGAUGGCGCACUUCGCCGCGUUCUACGAGGCGCAGCACCGCAACCGCCGUGUUGUGUGGCUGCGCACGUCGAUGGAGACCGUCACGUUCACCGUCGCGUACCCGCGCGGAGAGAAGGUGAUCACGAGCGUGCUGGAGCUGUUCCGCGUGUUCUGGCGCCUCAGCGAGGCGGGCGGCGCCGGCACGACGUGGCAGGAGCUCGCGCAGCACGUUGGGAAGGACUCCGCGGUGCUGCAGCGCGAGCUGCGCAAACUCAUUGCCGAUGGCUUUUUCGAGGUGCGCGCGGACGGUGACGGUGACGGCAGCAGCAGGAAUGCGCGCGUUUUCCUGAGCGCCGACUUUGCGUCGCGGCAGACGUGCUACGGCUUCCUGCAGCCGCCGCCGCGUGUGGGGGCGCUGCCAGCGGAGCGCAGCCGGAUCGCGGACGAGCUGCAGCAGUCCCGCAUUGCCGCCACGCAGGCGGCCAUUGUGAAGCAGAUGAAGAGUGUGCGUGCGUGCUGCUACGACGAGCUGUUCCGCCUGACGCAGCAGUCCGUGCGACAGUUCCAGCUGCAGACGGGCGACUUCAAGGCGGCGCUGGAGCGGCUGAUUGAGAAAGACUACGUCGAGCGUGACCCGACGCAGAAGCAGAGGUUCCUAUACAAGGCGUGA